CCGGCAACAAGUAUGCGCCGUACGUGCCGCUCGACAUGCCGCAGCGCGCCUGGCCCGCCAAGGUGCAGCGCAGCGCGCCCAUCUGGACGAGCGUCGACCUGCGCGACGGCAACCAGGCCCUCAUCAACCCCAUGAGCCAGGAGCAGAAGCUGCGCUUCUUCAUGAAGCUCGUCGACGUCGGCUUCCAGGAGAUCGAGGUCGCCUUCCCCAGCGCCAGCGACACCGACUUUGGCUUUGUGCGCAACAUCAUCGAGCAGGGCCUCAUCCCCGACGGCGUGUGGAUCCAGGUGCUGGCGCCGGCGCGCGAGGAGCUCAUCCGCCGGACGUUCGAGUCGAUCAAGGGCGCCAAGCGCGUCAUUCUGCACCUCUACAACGCCACGUCGCCCCUCUUCCGCGACGUCGUCUUUGGCAACUCGCAGGAGAAGACGAUCGACCUGGCCGUGCGGCACACCAAGAUCGUGCGCGACCUCGUCGACGAGUACUCGCGGCCCGAGAACGGCGGCACGCAGUUCCGCUACGAGUACUCGCCCGAGACGUUCACGCAGACGGAGAUGGACUUUGCGGUGCGCAUCUGCGAGGAGGUGCGCACGGCGUGGGGCAAGGCGUCGCCAGAGAACAAGAUCAUCUUCAACCUGCCGGCCACCGUCGAGAUCGGCCCGCCGAACCACUACGCUGACCAGAUCGAGUACUUCUGCACGCACAUCUCGAAGCGCGACGAGAUCACCGUCUCGCUGCACCCGCACAACGACCGCGGCUGCGCCGUCGCUGCUGUCGAGCUCGGCCUGCUGGCCGGCGGCGACCGCGUCGAGGGCUGCCUGCUCGGCAACGGCGAGCGCACGGGCAACGUCGACAUUGUCACGCUGGCGCUGAACCAGUUCUGCCAGGGCAUCCAGCCCGGCCCGCUGGACCUGAGCGACCUGCAGAGCGUCGUCGACGUCGUCACGAGCUGCAACGACAUUCCCGUGCACCCGCGGCACCCGUACGCCGGCGAGCUCGUGUUCACCGCCUUCAGCGGCUCGCACCAGGACGCCAUCAAGAAGGGUUUUGCCGCGCAGGAGGCGCGCAAGGCCAAGGGCGACGAGACGUGGUCGAUUCCCUACCUGCCCAUCGACCCGGCAGACAUGGGCGCCACGUACGAGGCCGUCAUCCGCGUCAACUCGCAGUCGGGCAAGGGCGGCGUGGCGUACCUCGUGGCGCAGGCGCUGGGCCUCGACCUGCCGCGCCGCAUGCAGGUGGCCUUCUACCAGGUCAUCCAGCAGGUGGCCGACCGCACGGGCAAGGAGAUGACGUCGGAGGACAUCACCAAGGCCUUCACGCAGACGUACCACGUGCCCACGCUGGCCGAGGGCCGCAACGAGGGCCGCCUGGCGCUGCGCAACUUCAAGCUCAGCGACGACGCCGCGCCGUCCGACGCCGACACGGGCAGCCCGUCGGGCGAGCAGACGCCGCGCUACCGCCGCUUCCAGGGCACCGUGCUCAAGGACGGCAAGCCUCACGAGAUCUCGGGCCGCGGCAACGGCCCCCUCUCGGCCAUCUGCGACGCGCUCGAGUCGGCCUUUGGCGUCUCGGUCAACAUCCGCGAAUACUCGGAGCACGCCGUGUCGAAGCCGGGCACCUUCUCUGCCGCGCCCAACGGCCGCCAGCAGGGCAGCGAGACCAAGACGCGUGGCCAGGCCGCGUCGUACGUCGAGCUCGUCGACGCCACCGUCGAGGACGGCGCGGGCGCCAAGCGCGCAGAGGGCUUCUGGGGCGUCGGCGUCGACGUCGACAUCACCACGUCGGGCCUCAAGGCCGUUGUGUCGGCCAUGAGCAACCUGCUGCAGCCGUCUGCUGUUGUCGCGGAGGCCGCCGCCGCGGUGACAAAUGGCGCCCAGUGAGCGUGCCUCCAGCCGUCCCGCGUCUCCAUCCCGCUUCCAUUACUACCCGCCCUGCCUGCGCUCGCUCAUGUAUACUGCCCAAAAAUCGCUCGUCAAUGAGAAAUAUGCACACAG